AUGGGAGAGGUUCAGCCUCCUGACUGUUCCAUUUGCUUCGAAGCAGCAGUGACGGACCUCGCCGCUGUUUCCUGCGGCCACGUCUUUCAUCUAAAAUGCGUAGAACAGUGGCUAGCCAGCAGCAACAUGGGCAGCAGAUCCGGCUGCCCCAUUUGCAGGAAGCCCUGCGGCCCGCGGCUGAAGCUGCGCUUCGGGGAGCUCGUGACAAUCCGAAGAGAAAAGAAUGGGAUGCAAAAUCGCCUGGAGGAGCUGGAAGCCGCAGCAAAGGCCCACGCUGAGGAACUUGCUGCAGUGGAGAGGCGCUGCGCAGCAGCAGCAGCAAAGGAGAAAGCAGCUGCAGCAGCAGCAACAGCAGCAGCAGAAAAGGAGCUGCAGAAGACAAUGCGGCAGCUGGUGGUAGAACAGGCAAAAACAAGAAAAGCCCAUGCCCAGCUUGAGCUGGCGAGGCAGCAGCAGACAGCACUCGAGAAGACGCUUCAUGGCUUAAUUGGAGAUGCGCCCGCAGAGGAUCGCGCGAAGGCGCUACUCAAUGACUUUAAGUCGUGGGGACGACUGGAAGAUGCAGUACUGACGCUACACAGGGCCAUUACAGUGCUGCAGAGGAUGCGCAGGGCGCUGGAGGCGCUGGAGUCCGUUCAGUGUACCUGCAGCGCGGGAGCAGAACCGAAGACUACCCGCAGCGAGAGAGCAGCAGCAGCAACUGCGGUGACCACGACAGCAGCAGCAGCGGCAGCAGCAGCAACGGCAACAGAGUCGUUGGCAGUGGAAGCCGCAGCAGCAAAAGCAGCAGCAGCAACUGGCUUGCUCAGGAAGAAGCGCAGGCCUCCUUCAGAAACAUCUUCAGCAGCAGCUCGAAAUGCAGGUGCAGCAGGAAAUGCAGCAGCAGCAGCAGCAGCGGAAGAAGCAAUUUCUGUAGACUCAGAAGAUGAUGAAUUCGAGAAUCUACGCAACGCGGAAUCCAUGCGCGCACUGAGGGGCUUGCUGCAGCAGCAGCAGCAGCAGCAGCAGAGGCCGCUGCUGCAGCAACGCACUAUUCUCCGCACCGGCCGAGUAGUGGCUCCUGCGGGCCCCACAGCCAGGCCCAAAGGGGGCCUCAGUGGUAACGAGAGUGUGCCUCUGCAGGGUGCUUCCUCAGCGCCAGCAGCAGCAGCGGCUGCUGCUGCUACAGCUACAGCGACUGCUGCUACUGCCGCUGCUGCUGCUGCUGCUGGCUCCAGGGUUGCUGCUUCAGACGCGGCUGAGCCGAAGCCCGGAGAAGCAGCAGCAGAGGCUCCAGCGCUGACCGGCGUCGCAAAACUUCACCGAGUACGCCGGCAGCAACAAGAGCAGCAGCAGCAGCAAGAGCAGCAGCAGCAGCAGCAAGAGCUACUGCAGCAGGAGCAGCAACAGCAGCAGCAUGUGGCGCCUGAGGCAUUCAGCAUAAGCAGCAGCGAGUCCCAGGAUUGCUCCGACCCUCGCAUAGUGCGGGCUGAAGUUUCUCCUUUUUUCCGGAGGCCUGCAACAGCAGCAGCAACGCCAACGGUAGCAGCAGCAACAGCAGCGCAAACGUCAACGGCAGCAGCAACAGCAUCAGCAGCAGUUGCAGCUGCAGCACCCCCAACAACGGCAGCAGCAACCCCACCAAGGCGAACAGUGCAGCGAGCUUGUACAGUCACUCAUGCUCACAGCAGCAGCAGCAGCAGCAGCAGCAGCAGCAGAAGCACUACCACCGCAAGCAGCAAACAGGCCAACAGCAGCAGCAGCACCACCACCACCUCCACCACCGCCGUCAGCAGAGGGACAACGGAGUAUGAAUUGCAUCCUCCGGACUUCUUUGAUUUUCAAGAAGACGAUCCCGGGAUCGAGGACUCCCAGGCCGCUCUGAAUCUGCUGCUGCGCCCCGCGCUUUCGUCAUCCCCUUCAGCUUCUCCUGCAGCAUGCAGCAGCAGCAGCAGCAGCAGCAGCAGCAGCACGGACAAUGCAGUCUUCACUUCCCUCUCGCCCACCCCGCCUUCUUUGCUGGGGCCCCCAAGCUCUGCAGGCGCUAGGUCAAGGGGCCCAUCGACUCCCCUCCGGUCGCUACGGGGGCCCGGAGGGGCCCCUGCAGGGGCCCCCACAGGGGCCCCCACAGGGGCCCCUGCAGGGGCCCCCACGGGGGCCCCUGCAGGUAUUCUAGCGGGGGCCCCUGCAGGUACCCUAGCGGGGGGCCCCAAGUCCCCAGUUCGAAGAGGAGGUUCGCCUAGCCUUUUGUCCUGCGGCGUUUCUUCAGCUCCGCGCUCUAAGCCAUCUUCACUAUCGGGAGGCCACUCCAAGCUGGUUCACGGCCGCGCGCUGCGCGACAUCCGCGUUUUCUUCAAGCCCGCAUAA